UUAGAGAUCGACCUAAAUGAGAUUUGGAGAAAAAUAUCGGUUAUCGGCACCUAUAUUUCUCGAGAUAUCGUCCCUGUCUCUACGACACUUCCAGUUCGAUCUCUAAUUAAUACUCGAUCAUAAAUUCUUAAACUUCAAGGUUAUGGAAUGGUUCAACAAAUUGGAAGGGGAACCAAAAACGAAAGCAUUAGAAUUAAUGCAGACUGGAUGUCGAGAACUUUUAAAAAUAAUACUUGGGGAGGACAAAGCUAUUGAAGUUAAAAACAUGAAAGAAGCUGGAACUGAUGUAAAUUUAAUAAGUAAUAAAAUAAAUGAAUGGAUUAAUGAAUUGAGUGAAUCUAGCCAUUUACGAAAAUUGGCAGAAGAAUACAAACCUGUUUGUAGACAACUUUUUGGGGUUGGAGAAAAAUCUGCGAGCAGAAAGAGGCGUUCCUGGAAGGAUAUUUAUGGGAAGAAGUUAAAUAAUAGAAGAAACGACGAUGAAGAGGAGGGAGAGGAUGGAGGAUACUCAAACCCGAGAGUGUCUAAUAUUGAAGAUAAUGAAGAACAAACACAGACGGAUAUUGGAGAUGACGGUGAAGACCACGAUUUUGGAGACGAACACUUAAAUGCACACAAAAAAUGGCUCACUUCUAGUCAGAAGCGUCAUAUAAAAAGAAUGAAAGAUAAAGGGCAUGAGGACCACGAGAUACAUGAUAAAAUAAAUGAAUUUCAUGAGACUUCGCCUGAGGAAGUUAAGAGAACAGCACAAGGCAUUCUCAAAAGAGGGUGCGAGUCUGUAUUUCAACGCUUAUUCGGAGAAUAUAUUGCGGAUGAAAUUAUCCAAGCACGUGAACAGGGAGCUUCUACGGCCGAACUUGACGAGAAAAUAAAUACAGCUUUAGGGCAUAUUAAAAAUGCAAAGAAGAGGAGAGAGGCGACUCGUUUUGCAGCUACAUGCCGUCGAAUAUUUACUAUGAUUGAACGACGUCGCAGAGCUGUUACCCCAAUCGAAGAAAGAACUCUGGAGGAACUUUUCUCUUCCCAUUUAAGUUGGCUAACUGAAGCACAGCAAGAGGAAUUGAGGAGGAUUAGGGAUGAAGGCUUAGGGCGAACUGAAAUGCAAGAACGUGUAGUCGAGUGGUUGGGGGAGCUGUUAGGAAAUGAACGGGCAAACGCUAUGAAGCAGUUAAGAGAAGGCUGCACUCUUCUCCUCUUCCAAGUUUAUGGAAACGAUAAGGCCAACGACCUAAUACAGCUGAAAAAUCAAGGCGCUCCAAAACACGAAAUAGCCUUACGCCUAGUUGACGAAGAACAGAAGCAAUCUAAAGCUUUUGGGCCUGUUUGCAGACACUUCUUUAUUGAGGGGAAUUAUUAAAAAUUAAUCAGCUUUUAGUAAAAGCAUUUCUAAAUUAAAUAUUGAUUUCAAUUUAUUUUUAAAAUUAAAUUUUUAUUUUUUUUUAAAUAUUUUUACCACACUUUUCAUUUUUAUUUAUGACUUUAUAAAAUUUUUGGAUAUGAAAGGAUCGGGAUUUUGGCAUUUCGAGAUACUA